AUGGCUAAGAAGAGUAACUCAAAGAAGUCCACGCCUGUGAGUACACCAAACAAAGAAAAGAAGAAGGUUGCUGAAAAAAAAUCUUCUACAGCCAUUCCUAGGGAAAGAGUUACUAAAGCUAUUAGCGAGCUUAUAAAAUUCAUUUCUAAACCACAAGAUGAAGAUAACGAAGAAGAAAGUAACGGUAAGAAGAAUUUAUUGGAAGAUGACGAAGAAGAAUUGAAGAAAGAUUUGCAAUUAAUCGUAGUAAAUAAUAAAUCAUUCACUGGUACUUCCAAAUCAUUCAAGUUGAAAUUACUGAAUGUCAAACAUUCGUUUUAUAAGCCUUGGAAGCAAGCCAGUGUAACAGCAGUUAAGGAUUUCAAAGUUUUAUUGGUUUUGAAAGAUUCUGAUAUUAAAAAAGUUUCAGAAGAUGAUUUAUUCGACAAACUAGAUUCGGAAGGAAUCAAGAUUGAUGAAAUUAUUUGCGGUAAAGACUUAAAGACUGUUUACAAAGCAUAUGAAGCUAGAAAUGCUUUUAUAUCUCAGUUUUCUUUGAUUUUGGCUGACGACAGUAUAAUUACAUCUUUGCCAAAACUUAUGGGAGGCAAGGCCUACAACAAAGUAGAAACUACUCCUAUAUCAAUUAGAACACAUGCAAAUAAGGAGUUUUCUUUGACCACUUUGACAAACAAUAUUAAAAAGGUGUACCUGAAUCAAUUGCCUGUCAAACUUCCAAGAGGUACCACUUUGAACGUUCAUUUGGGUAAUUUAGAGUGGCUAAAGCCAGAAGAGUUUGUAGAUAACGUUGAAUUAAUCUCUGAACAGUUAGUCAAGGCAUUCCCAAUCAGAUCUAUUUUCAUCAAGACCAAUAAAUCGCCUGUAUUGCCAUUAUACUAUAACCAAGACGUUCUUGAUGAACUUGUCGCUAAAAAGGAGAAAACUGAAGAAACACAAGAAGAUGACAUGGUCACCAUUGAUGGUGUACAAGUUCACUUAUCUACCUUCAACAAGGGUUUGAUGGAAAUUGCUAACCCCUCCGAAUUGGGUUCAAUUUUCUCCAAGCAAGUCAACAAUGCUAAAAAGAGAUCCUCUAGCGAACUUGAAAAAGAAUCUAGCGAGUCUGAAGCUGUUAAGAAGGCUAAAAGUUAA